CAAUACAUUUUGUAAGUGGCGGCAGUAAGCAUUCGUACCUAAACGAAACCGUAUUAUGGGUACAUUUCACACAAAUGUUUGAAAGUUUAGUUUUUUUUUUGUCUUCACACAAACAACAAUGUAAUAAAAUAGCAAGUAGUGUGGUGGAGGGAAAGAUUGUCGUAACCUUCAAAUUUCGCCUUGAUGUGAUUAUGGACCAGUUAAUUUAAUGUGAUUUUUCCGCUGAACGGUCUGCUCUAAUGUAAGAAUUCGCUCAACGUGCGUACGCGUCUGCAGUCUUCUCGAUGCGGACCCUGCGGUGAUGCUCUACAAAUGCGAGAUUCAGGAGUGAAUUAAAUGACGGUUAACAGUAAAAUAUUUUGUUAAAGAGAAAUUGCUCUCUUCCAUUUUAAAUAUCGCACUGAUAAGCCUUCAGGCCUUCGAAGUCAAGUGUUUUGAUCGCUCCUUUCCGCCCCCUCGCGACAUCUCGGUGCUCCGUUCGCAUGGCGGCUGUGCUGCGCAGUGCUUGUCGCUGCGUUUUUCGGCCUGCUCUUCACAGGCGCCUCGAAAUGCAGGGCAUGUGCACAGCGGCUGGCUCUUCUGUCCUCGAUAAGCUUUCCUUCGAUAAUGUGGCGUUAAGGCGCUUGCCACUGGAUACCUCCGAUGAGCAGGGCUCCCGAAUCGUCCACGGCGCCUGCUUCUCCCGCGUCAGACUGCAGCCAGUCCUCGGGCCUCGGCUGGUAGCGUUGUCCGGUCAUGCGCUCUCUAUGCUCGGGCUGGACGCCGACGCCGUGCGACAGGACCUGUUAGCCCCAGAGUACCUAAGUGGCUCCAGAUUGCUGCCCGGCUCGGAGCCCGCGGCGCACUGCUACUGCGGUCACCAAUUUGGUCAGUUCGCCGGGCAGCUGGGUGACGGAGCCGUGUGUUAUCUGGGCGAAGUGCUGGCGCCAAGCACUGAGGGUGUCGGGGUGCCUAAUCCCACGGGGCGAUGGGAGAUUCAACUAAAGGGAUCGGGGCUGACGCCGUAUUCCAGACAUGCUGAUGGCAGGAAAGUGCUGCGUUCCAGUGUGCGGGAGUUCCUGGCCAGUGAAGCUCUCUUCCACCUGGGCAUACCAACAACACGGGCAGGUUCUUGUGUGACAUCAGACUCUCGGGUGCUAAGGGAUGUGUACUAUGAUGGGCAAGUAAGCAAUGAGAGGUGUACGGUGGUCCUGCGAAUUGCCCCCUCCUUCAUCCGGUUUGGAUCUUUUGAGAUCUUUAAAGCAGAAGAUGAGAUGACAGGACGCCAGGGUCCAAGUGCUGGCCUCGAUGACCUACGCACUCAGCUGCUAGACUAUGUGAUUGACACCUUUUAUCCUGAGCUGCAGCAGGCCCAUCCUGAUGACCGGGUCCAGAGGAACAGUGCAUUUUUCAGAGAGGUUGUCCAGAGAACUGCUCGAUUGGUUGCACUGUGGCAGUGCAUGGGCUUCUGCCAUGGUGUGCUGAACACGGACAACAUGAGCAUCCUUGGGCUGACCAUUGACUAUGGCCCCUAUGGCUUCAUGGACAGGUUUGACCCAGACUUUAUAUGCAAUGCCUCAGACACAGGCGGGCGCUACUCAUACAGAGCACAGCCAUCUGUGUGCCGCUGGAAUCUGCUGAAACUGGCAGAGGCCCUGGUGCCCGACUUACCCCUUGAGGCAAGCCGAGCAGUGCUGGAUGAGUUUGACGCAGAGUUUGAUGACUGCUACUUGACAAUCAUGCGGAAGAAAUUGGGGCUGUUGAGACAGCAAGUUCCAGAGGACAAGAUGCUGGUGACUCAGCUUCUGGAGACCAUGCACAAUACAGGUUCGGACUUUACAAACACCUUCCGGCUUUUGAGUGGAAUUUCUCACUCGUACCUUGGUGAUACAGAAGAGGAUGUAUUGCAGAACAUUGUGAACCAAUGUGCUUCCCUUGAGGAGUUAAAAGUAGCUCACCGGCCCAGGAUGGAACCUCGGGAACUCUCCAUGAUGCUCACUCUUGCCCAGGCCAAUCCAGUGCUUUUUCAGUUUUUGAACAGCAGGAAACCAGUCAUGCAGGAACUGGAGCGUGUGGAACGUUACAGAGAACUGUCUCAACAAUCGGAGAGCGACUAUCUGGACAAACAGCGAGCCCUCUGGGUCAAGUGGCUGGACAAAUACAGGAAUCGCCUCUCUAUGGAAGUUGAAGGAGCCACGGAUAUUGAGGCACUGGCCACUGAGCGACUGAAUAUAAUGAAGAGCAGUAAUCCCCGCGUUGUUCUCAGGAACUAUAUUGCUCAGAAUGCCAUUGACGCUGCAGAAAGGGGGGACUAUAGUGAGGUCAAUCGUGUUUUAAGAGUUUUGGAGAAUCCAUUCUCAGAUGAGGUGAACAUACUUGAUGAUAUCUACUCCACAGAUCGGACAGUAGAUGAGUCUGCAGAGCAGAUGGCAAGUGAAGGCACAGCAGAAGAAGGAAGCCCAUCAAGAGCAUUUGUCCCCUAUGACAGUAAACCUCCUAGCUGGGCAGUUGAGCUCUGUGUCACCUGAUCCUCGUAGAUUAGCAGGUACCUAUGAUGUAUAAUGAGUCUGUCACUCUGGAGCAGAUCUUCUGCUCAACUAUGAUGACUGAAACACCAAGUCCUCAUCAUGGAGCUGUUUCUGUCUGAAGAUGAAUGACCACUCACUAUCCUGGACUCUUCAAAGUAACUGUUUUCCUGAAUCUUCUUUCUAAAAAUACCACCUUGGCAUGUGUGAAAUGAUUCUGGAAAUACAAUAUAUAAUUGAACAAAGGGUAAGUUAGUGGGAUUUAUGACAAUAAAAACUUUCAAUGAAAAUUUGACUAUUUUGGCUGGCGUACGUUUAGUGGUUUGGAUUGACCUAAGAUUUUGGGCCAAAGGACGCUGAAGGUCCAGACUUAUUGAUGGGCUAAAAUUAGGCAAACUGAAAUGAGAAACACAUCUAUGUCAGAGACAAUUGGUUUCCACUUACCCACUGGAGUUGUUUCCAGAAUCAGUUUCAUAUGUGAAUAAUUUGCAAAAUGUCUCGAAAUAAAUAGCAAAUAAAGAAAAAUACCAAAGAGAAACAUAUAACAUUUAAUAUAUAAAUAGACAAAAUUUUAUUUAGGGAAACUCACUAGUUAAGUGAAUGGAUUGGCAGCCUGUCCAGGGUUUGUUCCUGCCUAGUAAUACGUUAUUAUUAUUAUUAUUAUUAUUAUUUUGCACCCAUUGCUAGCUGAGUUCAGCUCCAACAUCUGCCUAAGGACCCUAAUCUGGAUGAAGCGAGCUAGAAAAUGACAUGACUAGUUAAAUAAAACAUAAUUAAAUGAACAAGAAAGGCUUAUAUAUUAGAAGUUAUUGUGAACAUUGUCCCCUCAUUCUGGAGAAUGAACUGGUGAUGUAAGCAAGUGGAGGUUUGUGUAGCAGCAGCUCCAGAAAUGAACUGGUGCCCUUUUCAGGGCUGAUUACUGCCUACUAUUCAGUGCAGAAUGUGACCUGCCAGGGCACCAUAUAGGAGGUUUUUUAGAAAAUGCAGUACUACUAAAAUUAGUUGAAUUUCUAUAAUACAUAUUACUAGACACCACUGGAGUGGAGUAGUGACUUAAUGUGAACUUUACUAAUUGUAUGGUCCGACUGCAGUGGUAAAAUUGACGAUUAGGUCACUUUCUGACAGCCAUUUAUGAAUGGCAAGUUGCACUUUAUAUAGUUGGCUUCUGUUCUGAAGUCUUCCAAUAAUUUUUUUUUUAUAUAUGCAUUUUCAAAAAUUGAUAUAUUUUUACAAAUGUUUUAGAUACAAAUUAUUCAUAUUCUAUUAUAACAUUUUAUUUUUUAGAAGGUAUUUUAGAUGUGAGAAGGAGCCAUUCAGUCUGUCUGGCUGCUUUGGUUGUCCCAGUAUUUUAUUUCAAUGUAAUUUAAAACUGUUGGGGUCUGUCCUUCAGAUAUCUGACUUGAAGCUAGGAAGGGUUCCUUCAUACAAAAGGAGGAAACAACCAUCUUCACUGUACUUCUCCUUAAUUUCAGCUGGUAUUCUUGACUGUGUGAUACACAGUUUAAAUGAAUGGAUUCUGCUGAACCAAUUUAUUUAAUUCCUUUGAGAAUUUUGAAGACAUGGAUUGUGUCAAAAUGGAGCCAUCUCUCUCAAGACUAACAAGUUUCAUUAGGCAUGCUCUUCAGUCCAGGAAUGAAUUUAGAAAUUGUUUUUUGACAUUAUAGUGCUACUUUUUUUAGUAGUAAUUGUAGUUUGUAGAGGUGGUGACCAGAAUAGUAACUAUCAUAUUUUAAUAUAAAAGAAUGAGUGAAAUAUAAAACUACAAUAAUGCAGUUACUUUAGAAAAGAACCAUACUUAUGAGUUAAGCUGUACUUUUCAGCCAAGGGCCUGAAUGAUAGAGUACUAGAAGCUGUUUAUGCUAUUUUUCCACUAACUUCAGGAAGCAGGCUUUUCUCCACUCAUGACAUUUCAUAGCUCUCCUGGUUUUUGCUCUGUAUGUGAAACCUUUGUUGAUGGGAAUGUCUUCAACAGCCCUGGUCACUAGUUCCCAUCUUUGUUUUUAUGAAAAUAAAGAAAAUGUAGUCAAAGGA